AUGAUGUCCGCUCGCAUUGGGCUUGGUUCUGCUACGAGGAGAGUGGCCUUCGCUCCAGUCAUUGGGAGAAACCAAACUGUUUUGCGUACCUUGAUUCCCAAGCGUGGUGUGCAGAUACAGUCCUUGCCUCCAUCAGCUUCGGAAGAGAUUCUAAACGCUCAGCGUCUUAAACGCCCUUCCAGCCCUCAUUUCACAAUCUACCAACCUCAGCUGACAUGGCUUGGCUCAAUUGCAAACCGUGUAACUGGCGGGGCACUCAGCGCGCUCCUAUACGGCUUUUCGUUGGCAUACCUCGUUGCUCCAGACACUUUCGAUAGCGCUCACAUUGUCGAGUUCGUUGCUGGGCUGCCAGACUACGUGAAGUACACUGGCAAGGUUAUCCUGGCUGCACCUUUCACUUUCCACUUCUGGAAUGGUCUCCGACACUUGAGCUGGGACAUGGGUAAAUUUUUGAGUCUCAAAGGAGCAUACAGGGCUGGUUAUGCUGCUUUAGGGGCUACGGCUAUAUCUACGGUUGCAUUGGUUUUGAUGUAA